CGUCGCCACCCACCAGCCACAGAUACCAGCAGCAAUGGCUCCCAAAAGAGGUGGAAAAGCUCCUGUUCCAGCUUCUAAGAAGAAGCCUGAGAAGGUUACAAACCUGUUGUUCGAGAAGCGUCCUAAGCAAUUCGGAAUCGGAGGGGCAUUGCCUCCGAAGAGGGACCUGACCCGGUUCGUGAAGUGGCCCAAGACCGUUCAGAUUCAGAGAAAGAAGAGGAUACUUAAGCAGAGGUUGAAGGUUCCACCAGCUUUGAACCAGUUUACUAAGACCCUCGAUAAGAACCUUGCAACUAGCCUGUUCAAGAUACUUCUUAAGUACAGGCCUGAGGAUAAAGCAGAGAAAAAGGAGCGGCUUUUGAAAAGGGCUCAGGCCGAGACCGAAGGCAAAACAGUUGAAGCUAAGAAGCCUAUUGUUGUCAAGUACGGACUGAAUCAUGUCACCUACCUUAUUGAGCAGAAUAAGGCGCAGCUGGUUGUGAUUGCUCAUGAUGUGGACCCAAUUGAAUUGGUUGUCUGGCUUCCAGCCUUGUGCAGGAAGAUGGAAAUUCCAUACUGCAUUGUCAAGGGCAAGGCACGCUUGGGAUCGAUUGUCCACAAGAAAACUGCAUCUGUUUUGUGCUUGACAACUGUUAAGAAUGAAGACAAAUUGGAGUUCAGCAGAGUCCUAGAAGCUAUCAAGGCUAACUUCAAUGACAAGUAUGACGAGUACAGAAAGAAGUGGGGUGGUGGGAUCAUGGGUUCCAAAUCCCAAGCCAAAACCAAGGCAAAGGAAAGGCUUCUUGCCAAGGAAGCUGCUCAGAGGAUGACCUAGGAGUUUCUUAUAUUUUUGUUGCUUUCUACUUGCAUUUUGUGCUUUUUUUUUAAAAAAAAAAAAAUUAGCCUAUUCUACUUAAACUUAAGUUUAUUUUUCUAGGAUGGCUUUUUGAAUUGUCACCAUAUAAACAUUUGUUAUUCACAUGAGCCAAAGUAUUUCAUUAAAAUUUCCUGCCCAUUG